CUCUGGCUGUGCUGCACACAGCAAUACAGACAUGAUGAUGCUCUCUGGACUUUGUGCGAUUAUUGCUCUGCUUUCUUCGGUCAAAGAGUUGAGGGCAGAUUGGAAAGCCGAGAAAGUACGACAGAGUUCCAGUACAGGAGACAGGGACAAUGGACAUAAAUCCAUCCACCAGACCAUAGUUCUCUUAGAGGACGACCUGGCUGUGAUUGAAGCAGGCACCUAUCUAUUUGAGAGGAAUCCAAAUUCCUCCACUCUGGUAAAGACCCACCAUGGGGCAUUGCAUAUCUUGAGAGGAGGCAACUUGAUUCCUUCCAAAAGUGAUGAUAUCGUCCUUGUUGGCCACGGUAAAGAGCUGUCCACAGGAGAUCUGAGCCUGGCCGGUUACAGUGCAGAAGAAGUUGCCACAUAUGUGUCCAGCCUGAAGACUAAAUUCCUCAUCGAUCCCAGUGGCACCAUCAGUCUAAUCAGCUGCAACCUUGGAAGUAACCUGAACUACACCCUGAAGCUGCUCCAAGCUCUCCGUUCUUUAAAUGUGAAAGCAAAACUACGCCUGUACAACACACCCCUCUCAGUUAACACCAAUGGACAGAUACUGAUUGGACGGGAUGGUGUGUGGACAACCCAUGACUACAGCAGUAGCGUCAUUGCUGAACUCAGUCCAAAAGGUGGCCUGCUGACCAGGAAACUCUUUGGUUGUGCAGGUUCAGUGUAUCGCAAUUAUGAAGGGAAUAUUCUGUAUUCUCAGAGUCUAGAGUGGCCAAGACAUCCUCAAAUGUUUGUUCCCAUGGAGCUGCGCAAAAAGUACCCUUCUAUAGACUGCUUGGAGGGGCUCACUUGGAGCUUAUUUUUUGAGGAAAAUGAAAAAAGAAGAGCUCCUGAUUACAUCCCCAGCAAUGAUUACCAGACAGCAGUUUGGCUUGAAGUGACCGAAGAGACCAGCAUAAACCUUAAACGCAUCUCCAACAUCCAGGACCUACUAGUGGAGAUUCGCUACUGUGCCAGAGAGGAAGUGACCUCAGACCUGUAUUACGUUCUAAAUGAUUGUAUCUAUAAAGUUCAUGGGAAAAAUCUGAGUGUUAGUCUGGUGGGCAAGUUCAUGAAAACCAGCAGUGAGGCUGAAAUCGAACUUUUCCGUCAGACAUUCAGUGACCAGCAGGCAGAAUCUUCCCUGCAGGAGUUGCAACAAGGUCUCAAAGCAUCGAAGUUCAACGACUUUUGCCGCCAAACGUUUCAGUUCCAACAAUGUACCUACAACUGUGAAAGGUGGGGGCGUUACUUUAUGGCUGCAGUCUUUUCAGCUUCAGUACGGAACUUCAGAACCUUCUCACUUUUUCUCAUGAGUGUUAUUGGCUGUGAAGUAGGUCGUUCUCGAGGGAGUGACAGCCCUCUGUGCACAGCCUUUGUGGGCGAGAAUCACCCUAUGAUCACAGAGCAACCCUGGCCUGAACAUGUCAAACGGGGAUUCUACGGCUGCACUGUUGACGACUAUCAGAUGGCACCGCAGCAAAGACAGAUCUGGUUGGACCAAGUCAUCGCAAAAGAAAAUUCUUUGUACAUCAAAUCCAAGCAAAUGAUGGAUGCGAUUAGACACAACGACCAAACUGAGCUUGAGAUUUUUGGGAAGAUUAAAGUCAUGAACAAGUAUGUGUUCUCGUCUUAUCUGGAAUAUUUUCGGGGUACACCAGAAGGCAAGAAACUCAAGAGAGGAUGCACUCCAACAUCGUUCUAUGACAACUGAAGUACACCCCUCUGAUUUAAAGGAAAAGUCCAGUCAGCAAGGAAUAAUCAAUGGAUCGUUCGCAGUGAUUUAAUGAAUUUUGCCUUAAUUAAAAAAGUAAUAAUUUUCGUUGAGAUAAUUGAGUCUGGUAGCGGCCAUUUUUGCCCAAAUAUAGUAACCCCUCCCUCCUGCCAUCUUCCGGCAGUGACGUCACGGUGCAGUAAGCCUAGCGCCAUUCUCCCCGCUUUACAAGCAAAAUCAAUGGGAAC